UUACUUGGCAAACAGUGUUCCGUGGGCGGUGACGAGCAACGUGCAGCGGUGAUGUCAACAACAUCGGUCAGUGGGUCAGCACCCCUGUAAUGUCGAUAAAUUAAUACAUACAAAUGGCCCAAAGCGGAAAAAAAGCCAGAAGACUAUCUGUGCUGCUCUGUUCUUGUCUCGAGCCGCUUGGAGCUCGCGCUUAAUCACAGAAACGGUUAAUGGUAGCUAGCCUCAGCUAGCGCUAGCAUGCUAGCUUUGAAAGGAAGAUAAGAUGUUCUGUGUUUUGGGUGAAGCAUCUACGGAGGCUGACGGAAACUAGAGACACUCUCUGACUGUUCAGAGAAUGUGUUAAGCCAUGAUCAACACUGAAGCUGCAAGAGAAUUCCAGGCCAAAGAGCGCAAAUACAAAGAGCAGCUGAGGAGAUGUUUAUCAUCUGCUUUGUCUGCAGACCUCAAAAGGUUGCUGCAGGAGGAACUAGAGGCAGAUGUUUCCUUGUAUGCAGGUUCGGGAUCGGUCCGAGCUCACAGAGCCGUGCUGCUGGCCAGGGCUCCUCAUAUCCUACAAGGACAGACACAUAAAGAUCCCAUCAUUAUCCAUCUGCCAGGUUAUGAUCUGCCUACACUGAAGGAUUUUCUCAGGCAUGUGUACACAGCAGAGCAGAGCCUGCGAAGAGCCGAAACAAAAAGGGAUUCACAGGGUCCGUCGGCAGAGAACAGUGCUGCCAACCCAACAGAUCCUCACAGUUCCACUGACUCAGGUGCUGCUGUUCUUGAGCCAGCCUCGGGCCUCAGCGCUGACCUGCUCGAUCUGUACAAAACAGGAGAACAGUGCGACAUCACCAUCCAAGUGGCUGAGCAGGUCUUCUCCUGCCACAGGGCGAUCCUUUGUGCGCGAUCUCAGUACUUCCGUGCCAUGCUCAGUGGGAGUUGGAUGGAGAGCUCCAGACAAUGCAUCACUCUGCAUGGCUUGGGACCAGAUGAGAUGGAGGUCUUGCUUCAGUUCAUGUAUGGAGCUAUCGUGGAUUUACCCAGCGGAGCCAAUGCCAGUCAGGUGGUGUUGGCUGCAGACAUGUUGGGUUUGGAGGGACUCAAAGACGUGGUGGAGAUGACUCUUACCCGAGACUACUGCCGCUUCUUCCCCAAGCAGCCUGUUGACGGGGUUCAGAGAACGGUUCUUGAGUGCUUGUCGCUCACACACGCCUUAAAUCUCCAAAAUCUCCACAUGCUCUGCAGAAGGUGGGUAGCUGAACAUUUUGUGAAAGCCUGGUGUGAGAGAAACUUCUCCCUCCUGUCCCCCGAGCUUCAGCGAGCCUGUAUAACCGCUGUCACAGACACAAUGACUGUGCGGAACGCUGUGACAUUGCUCUGUGGCACCGAGCAGCUGAUUGGCAGCCUCCCGGAAGUGAAGUGGGCUCAGCAUGUGAGGUCCAUGGCCACAGAGCUGCAGGAAGAGAACCUGCGCUUUAUUGUCCAGCACCUCCCCAGGGUGAUCCACACUCAGGCCUUCCACGACCUGCGCAGGAGGGAGGAGUUCACUAGAGAGCCGACGUUGUUGAAGAAGCUGUGCUUGACUGUCAGGGAGGGUGUGACUGUGGACAACUGCUGUGAUCUUUUCACAGCUGUCCACUCUCUUUGUGAGGAUAACUUUGAUGGGGAUUUUCACCUGGAGCAUCAAAACCACGUGGAGCCGUUCAGGCAGGAGAUCGGCACGCUACGCGCACGACUCUGGACCUUCCUGCUCCAGACCUCUUAUGCGGUUCGCCACACUCAGGGAUGGGAGGCACUUUCACUCAAACACAAAGAGAGGAUACUAGCAGAGGCUAUUGAUAAAGGAGACAAUCGAAGACUCGGUAAAAAGCCAGUAUUCACUAGCUCACAGUCAAAGGCUGUAAAAUGCCCCACAUCUCAGCCUGAGAGUUCUGCGGUUCACAGGACCAACAGGCUGUCUCAAAGCAGAAAUCCAGAUCUCCAUAGUGCAGCAUCAGCCAUGAAAUCCGAUGGUCUGAGUACAGCGAACAAACCAGGAGAAAGCCAAAACCCUAAAGCAAAGAGCGCCAAGAAACCCGGAGACAGGAGUGUAGCAACAAAGGCAAAGGCAGCAUCGGCUGGCACGCCAGUUGUCAAUGGCACAUCCGCUGCUGGGGCGAAGCGAGAUGUGGCCAGUGCCAAUGGCCCCAGAAGCUCCCAUGGGCCUAAAGAGCAAGAAAAGAAGCCAAACCCAGGUGCAAGACCUAAAACCUCACCCCCGAGCUGCACAUCCUCAACCCAGGCGGCAGUAACAAAGGCCCAGAAGGGCACUGCAGGAAAGACUGACAAGUCCGCUGGUGCUGUCACAACCCAAGCGCAUCCCGUUGCUUCGUCCACAUCCGCCACUACCUCGCCAGAAAACUGUGCCAGCAGUCUGCACGACAGCCACUCCACUCCAGGUGCAAAGCCCAAACAGGCCAAAGCAGUUAACAAGUCCUCCCUGACGAACCAGCCUCAGAGAUCUGACACAACAAAGACCAGCAGCCCAACCAAUAAAUCAAGUGUGAAAGAUACAGCUAAAACCAAGACUGGUCCAGCAGAGAAGUCUGCUGCAGCAACAAAACCAGACACCAAGGGAAGAGCCACACCGGAUCAUCAUGUCUCCAAGCUUGGAACCUUUACGAAGAAGCAAGCCUCUCCCAGGAAAGAAGAUAGCAAAGAUGGGCUCAAAUCUUCAGGCACCCAUAGGGCUACCAGUGAUACUAAAAGGAAGACCACAAAACCGCUUUCAGCGAACGGAGUCUUGGCCAAGUCCGCUGCCAAACCAGCCAAAGUCUCCUCAGUUACCAAGUCUGGAUCAAAGCCAAGAAGUGCCCCCGACUCAUCAGCGUUACCAAAAACCUCCAAAACAUCCAGUGCUGCUCCGUCCAAGAUAUCAGAAUGUAAGAAGAUAGAUGUAGUGAAUGGUAAAAAAACAGACUAUAAAACUGAGCUUUGUGCAACUGAAGACUCCAGUGAUGCUGGGAAGCAUAAAGAUAUUGUGGAACUUGAGUCUUACGCAGCACAGAGUAUACAUCCAACCGGGCAUAAUGGAGAGGAGUCCCUGCCUGCAGAAACAAGCUCUGAUCACGUUCAUCAGAAGACUGGAAAAGAGUCAGAAAUCCAUAAGAGUCCCCAUGAUGAGACCAGUGUUACACCAACACCUAGCAACGUCCAUCAUGUCCGCUUUGCUGAAGCUGAUGCUUGUGAACAGAUGGACAAAAGUAAAAUGAAGCCAAUCCAAGGUGGCACAAUCACUACUAACAUAAACGGUGGACAAGAGCACCACGUUAGAUCGCUGAAUUCCCCAAAAGACCCCGAACGCCCAGCUGGCACCCCUUGUAGCCUGGGAAGUACCGACACUCCCAUGGAGGACUCCUGGAGUGGCAUCAAUCAUCAAAUCAGCCCAGAAUCCGAGAGCGGCAGCACGCACACCACUUCGUCUGACGACAUCAAGCCCCGCUCUGAGGACUAUGACGCAGGAGGAUCACAAGACGACGACUGCUCCAACGACAGAGGGGUGUCCAAGUGCGGCACAAUGCGCUGUCCUGACUUCUUGGGUCGCAGCAGCAGCGACACGAGCACCCCAGAAGAGUUAAAGAUGUACGAAGGCGGGGCUGGCUUGAGGGUGGAGGUGCGUUUGCGUGGCAGAGAGGCCGAGACCACCAGCGAAGAGGAGGCAGUUAGACAACGUCCACGAUCUUGGUUGCAAAGGGAGGAGGUUCCAGUAGAGCAGAAGCAAACGGAGGCUGGUACCAAUGAAUGCAUGAAAGAUGGACCCAACUAUUCUGAGGAGGAGGAGGAAGAUGAAGAAGAGGAGGAGGAAACAGAAGAUGAGAGGUCAGAAGUUGAAGUGAUUCCAGGGGACGGUUCACUGCCCACAACAGAACCCCCACCACACUAUCAGGGCAUCGUUAACCUCGCUUUCGACGACGACUGUCCCGACCAGGAGAACGAGCAGCCGGACUACCAGUCCAGCUCUAACUUCCGCAGGUCUGUGCUGCUCUCUGUUGACGAGUGUGAGGAGCUGGGUUCAGAGGAAGGAGGGGUCCAAACUCCACCUCAGCAGACGGAGGAGCCUUUGACUCCCUGCGAUGUGUUCGAGUGCGACUCCACUACAUGUCCUUCAGGUGACGCACAGAACAACCUGCCGCUCCACCCUGAAACCACAGCCGCGAAGCUCAAUAAAGACAAACUCGGGGCUCUCGAAGAGAAGUCUGUAUUCCUCACAGAGAUCCAAGGGAACCAAGAACCAGCCCAGGAGGAAAGCAACCCUGUCAUAUUGGAUAAAGUUCUGGACUCUGACCCCAGAGACCUGCCUCCCCAGGGGCGUCCAUGCCACCUGGAUCUGCGGCACGCUGAAAAGUACAAUGGAGGGAUAAACAAGGAACUCCCCAAUCCCUCAGAGAGCAAGAAAGCAGCUUUACAUCUAGACUUAAACGAAGCUCCGCUGACAGGGGGCUCUGCUGUGCAAGCUGCACAAUCUCCAGCAGGGGACAAUGGUCUUGACAGACUGGAUCAAACCUGCAAACAUGACCACCGACCGUCCAAUUUCCUCUCUCCCAUUUAUGAGAUGGACGUGGGAGAAGCGUUUGAGCGCUGUGCGGAAAAGGACAGAGACGUUAAGCAACAGGUGGAUGAGGAGAAACAGAAAGGGGACACAGAGAAAGGUAGCGACUUUGCCAAGCGAGACUGGAGCUUGCUCAAGCAGCUCCUCUCAGAGCACGAGUCCAACCUGGGUGUGAUCAACCCGGUGCCCGAGGAGCUCAACUUGGCUCAGUACCUCAUCAAGCAGACGCUGUCCUUGUCCCGGGACAGCCUGGACGCGCAAGCCUUUCUGUCACCAGAGAAGGAGACUUUCAAACGAUGGGCGGAGCUCAUCUCGCCCAUGGAGGACUCCUCCACCAGCAUCACUGUGACCAGCUUCUCUCCAGAAGAUGCUGCGUCCCCACAGGGAGAGUGGACCAUCGUGGAGCUGGAAACUCAUCACUGACUACACAGAGGAGAGCCUGCUGGACAGUUGACCCCUCUUGUUGGAACUGAUGUUAUGUUUACUGUGUAUUUAAUUUCUCACACCCUUUCCUGGAUUGUUUAAAUCUCUGGACUUUACAGCACUUUCAUUGGCAUUCCUCAUCCCGCUUUUACAAGAGCUUGUUGACGCAAGCGGGCUGGUAUGCAUGCAGAUAUUUUUGUAGAUUGGACCUCAAGAAGUAGUGUCUUUUCUUUAAGACAUUUUCAUUCUUUGUAGUCUCCUAAUAUGGUUUACUGAAGUUUCUUAAAUAAAACUAAUAUUUGCCUUUUGGCUCUUGUUAAGUGUAUAAUAAAGGUUUGUGUUUCUGGAAAAUAAAGGAUGUGGUCACAUA